UUCACAGCUCUCCCUAGCUAUCGGGGAGGUGGAAUGAAUUUUUCCAGUUUCGAAAAGCAAAACGCCAAAACGUGUGACAAAUUCAUUCAGCAGGGAAGUCGCUUUGUUUUGUGGUAACUAGCUAGGAGCUGAAGUGUGACAUACGCUUUCGGUGCCACCCAAUUGAACUUUCGGUCGUGGUCUCAACGACGAAUUAACUUGUAGUGUGUCUUGAUCAGCAGUAGCCUAUACUGCCGUGGUUGGAGUGGAAGUUGAAGUCAACUGAGAAGUCCAACGAUUUUUCCUACAAAACGAGAACGGUCAGCGGUAGUACCACACCCUUGUCUAGCCAGUUUCAAAGGCCAGGCUUAACCAAACACAGCGUCAUGCUCAAGAUGAAUUUUCUCCUUUCCUCCAUUCCUUGCCCACAAGCAAAGCUUCUCAGGCCAACGGUGAUGGCACUUCAGCUCCUCGUGGCCACCGCUUUUCCAGUAGCCUUGCCGGGCUGCCCGGAGUCCUGCGGCAGCAUCACCGUCCCCUACCCUUUCGGCAUCGGGCAAUCCUGCUCCCGCCCGGGCUUCAACCUCACCUGCGACGAGACGCGCCAUCCACCCAAGCUCUUCCUGGGCGACGCCGUGGAAGUGGACGCCAUCUCCCUCUCAGACCUCACCGUGCGAAUCCGGAGCAAGGUUCUAAACGCGACCACUCUCGGUGUCGACAACGGCGCCUCGUGGUCCGGCGGCCUAACGCCCAACGCCACAAUCGCGGUGUCGACGCAGCACAACGUCUUCGUGGCCGUCGGGUGCAACAUCAUCGCCCACCUCGUCGCCGGCCACCGGGACGGCCAGGGGGACUCCCGGCACGAGUACGUCAGCGCUUGCGCCGCGCUGUGCGAUACCUUGCCGGGCCUCGAGGACGCCUCGUGCUCGGGCGUCGGCUGCUGCCAGACGACCAUAACGCAGGGUUUGCCCGCGUACGGGGUCCAGUUCAAGGACCUGGCCCAGACGGCCCGUUACGACUACGUGGACGUUCCCUUCGGGGGCGCCUUCGUGGUUGAUUCCGAGUGGUUCAGCCGGAACGUCGGCGCCUUGCGGAAUAGCACGUUCCAUUUCGAUAGCUUCUUCUAUGGCGCCAGCAGGAAGGUGACGAGCGUGCCAACCGUGCUGGAAUGGUGGCUGGAGGUGGAACGCGAUGGUGAUCUGGUCAUGUUUAACCAGGAUUCUGGUUGGACAUGCAUAGGCUUGAACAGCUUCGCUGCCAGCAUUGGGGUAUCCAAAGUAGGGUGCCGCUGCUCGGAAGGGUACGAAGGCAAUCCUUACAUCGCUGUUGGAUGCCAAGAUAUCGACGAGUGCCAACAGCCAGAUGUUUAUCCAUGCCUGCAAGGAACCUGCAUCAACAUACCAGGGACAUACCGCUGCUCAGCAACGAAAAGCAUCAUCAGCCUCCCAGGUUUAAUCACUCUGGUUGCAAUAAGUGCUGGUUUGGCCCUACUGUUUUCACUUUUGGGUGUUGCCAAAAUCACCAAUAAACUCAAGCAACGAAGGGUCAAGAAGUUGAGACAAAAGUUCUUCAAGAAAAACCAUGGAUUGCUUCUACAACAGUUAAUCUCUUCAAACAAAGAUAUAGCCGAAAGAACGAGAAUUUUCAGCUUGGAAGAGCUACAGCAAGCAACCAACAAAUUUGACCAUAAUCGCAUCCUUGGUGGUGGUGGCCAUGGCAUGGUGUACAAAGGCAUCUUAUCUGAUCAGCGUGUUGUGGCCAUCAAGAAGGCCAAAAUCGUCCUCCAACGGGAAAUCGAUCAGUUCAUCAAUGAGGUUGUCAUACUUUCACAGACAAACCACAGGAAUGUGGUGAAGCUCUUUGGCUGCUGCCUCGAGACAGAAGUUCCUCUGCUAGUUUAUGAGUUCAUAUCAAAUGGAACUCUCUCGUUUCAUCUGCAUGGCAAAAGUGAGAGCCCUUUGUCAUGGAAAGAUAGGUUGAGGAUUGCACUAGAAACUGCAAGGGCUAUUGCAUAUCUACAUUCUGCUGCUUCCAUAUCAGUAUACCAUAGAGAUAUCAAAUGUGCAAAUAUACUACUCACUGAUACUUUAGCAGCAAAAGUGUCAGAUUUUGGAGCUUCAAGGUCAAUUGCAAUAGAUGAGACAGGAAUACUUACAGCUGUCCAAGGAACUUAUGGUUACCUUGAUCCUGAAUACUACUACACCAGUCGACUCACAGAGAAGAGCGAUGUUUACAGCUUUGGCGUCAUCCUAGCAGAGCUACUGACAAGGGUAACACCAGUUUUUUCUUCUCAUUCAUCAGAAGUCACAAGCCUAGCAUCCCAUUUUGUGUCAACAGUAAGAGACAAUCGCUUGUUAGAUAUUCUAGACACACAAAUUGUUGAGGAGGGAGGGGCUGAAGAUGCUGCGGUGGUUGCAAGACUCACAGUAUCAUGCUUAAGUCUGAAAGGUGAAGAAAGGCCUACAAUGAGGCAAGUGGAAACAACACUUGACGUACAGAGUUCAAAGGUUCAUGACAAUUCUCAGACAACAAGAGUGAGCCAGAAUGCUCCAAAUGAUCAGUCAUUCAAGGGCAACAAAGGCGGCGAAGGAACUAGACUAUACAGCUUGGAGAAAGAGUUCAUCCAAUCAUCCGAAAUUCCAAGAUAAUUUUACAUAGACUGUAAUAUGCUGCAAUUCCUAUUAUUAGUUUUCGUGCCAUACUGCAAAUGAGAUGUCAAUUAGGAACUCUGAAUUGUAACCAUGUGUGUAUUUCCUUUGGUCAUGGCUCAUGGAGAAGAAGUGAAAGUAAAUAAAAUGAAUUCAGGUAAAAUUUGUACCGUUAAAA